GGCGCCUGUAACACAACGGUGUGUCAUUUCCAUGGCCCUUGAGUAGAUAUAAAAACUCGCAUCAGAUCACGAAAACAACCACUGCCUCUGUUGUGAUGGUAAAUCGGUCUUGAGUCGUUAUCUCCAGAUACUGCAGGAUCACUGUAAACCUUACAUGUGACUGCUAAAAACAAUGAGGCUGAGAAUGCGUAAGGCGUCUCAGCAGCCGAAUCCCAGUCUGGCAAAUCGCCCAUCCCGGACCAAGCGGAGGCAUUCAGAAGUAGAAGAGGACACGCCUACCAGUGGAGGGAGGGGCUUGUUCUCAACAAUCAAGAAGUUCAUCAGAGGAAAUGCCGUCAAGGUGCAGCAGGAGAGCCCAGCCAAGAAGACACGCCUCCACUGUGAUGUGGACAACAACCUGAUCACCUCCACAACCCCAAAUACCAACACCCCCCGCAGGACUAUCAGCAGGGAUGGCAGGAGAGGCUCUGUCAAUGGAGAGGCAACCAAUCAUGACAGGAGUAAGGAGAAGCCCAAUGGCAGCCUGGAGGAGACGACAGCUGUUGAGGUGGUCACCAGCCCUCCCAGGACCACCUUACUUGGGACCAUCUUCUCCCCUGUUUUCAACUUUUUCUCACCAGCUAAAAAUGCGUCUUCUGGCUCAGACUCCCCAGACCAGGCACUGGAGGCUGAGGAGAUAGUCAAGCAGCUGGAAAUGGAACAAACAGUGGAGACACCCACCAGCACAGCCACAUCCACACAGGAACUGUGUACCACCCCUAACUACUACUCUAGUGUAGCCCAGCUGCCACCUCUGCGACCCCCACACAUCCCUGAGGUGUCCCCUACUGCAGAGGUGGGAGAGCUGGAUGCUGAUCCUGACCUUCCACCCCUUACAGCUCCAGGCUCCAGUCCAGAUAUGGCUUAUGUGGACUCUCCUCCUGCUGCAGUACCACCAGAGGCAUCCUAUGAGGAAGACUGGGAAGUCUUUGACCCGUAUUUCUUCAUCAAGCACGUCCCUCCGCUCACAGAGGAGCAGCUCACUCGUAAGCCAGCCUUGCCAUUGAAGACACGCAGCACGCCUGAAUUCUCCCUGGUCCUAGACCUGGAUGAAACGUUGGUUCACUGCAGUUUAAAUGAGCUGGAGGAUGCUGCACUUACCUUCCCUGUCCUCUUUCAGGAUGUCAUUUACCAGGUGUAUGUGCGCUUGAGGCCGUUCUUUAGAGAGUUUCUGGAACGUAUGUCUCAAAUCUAUGAGAUCAUCCUUUUCACAGCCUCUAAAAAGGUGUAUGCGGACAAACUGCUCAACAUCUUGGACCCCAAGAAGCAGCUAGUGAGACACAGGUUGUUUCGUGAGCAUUGUGUCUGUGUCCAGGGAAACUACAUCAAGGAUCUCAACAUUUUAGGCAGAGAUCUGUCAAAGACCAUCAUCAUUGACAAUUCACCACAAGCCUUUGCAUAUCAGUUGUCUAAUGGGAUUCCCAUAGAGAGCUGGUUCAUGGAUAAGAAUGACAAUGAGCUGCUGAAGUUGGUGCCCUUCCUGGAGAAGUUGGUCGAGAUGAAUGAGGAUGUGCGGCCGCAUGUUCGGGAGAGAUUUCGGCUUCACGACCUGUUGCCCCCUGACUGAACUGGACUAAGUCUCUCAGAAUGGGAAAACGUGAAAAGACUGAACACAACAUGCGUGUAAAAAGCCCCUCUUUGGAUUACAAACUACAACAUUGCCAUUACUGAUAAAAAAUUUUAGCCUUUUUUCCCCCCUUUUUUUGUUUUUAAACCCACCAUUGCUUUUAAAAAAAACAAAAAAAAAACUUCAAAAGAAAAACAUUUUUAAAGAUCUGGGUCAAAUUUUCUAAAUAUCAACAUGUAUAGAUGAAAUUACACACUAUGAACAAGCCCAGAUAGACUCCUUUUUGACUUGACUCUCCAGCUGUGGAGCCGGAUAUUGUCUCCAUACUAAAUUACGAAGUCUUGGUGCUGGUUUAGUGGAUAUGAAAAUGCCACCUGGUAAAGAGGAACUCCAUCCCGCCGGAGUCCCUGAACCCAAACCAACCCCUGGUGCUCACACUGUUGACACUGACGAAUAAUGACAGCAGGAAUGGCUGGCCUGUAAAUGAAUCUGUGCAUGUGUGUAUGUUUACUCUUAGCCACACACGCACACACUCACUGAUUUGGUGUUUGGCAAACCUUCGAUCUGUAGCCUUUAAAAUCAUAUGCAUUCCUCCGUAGCUGUGUCAAGUUUCUAUUGUUGGUUGCAGUUUUUUCUGGUAAAACUGGUGUUUCAUUGUUUUGUUUUUUUUUGUUUUUGUUUUUUAAAGAUAGCGUAGUAAAAUGUUUUACUUUUGUUUGUAAGAUAUGGUAUUUUUAAAGGGGUCAUGUAAGUUUUAUCCUAAGCCUUUUUAGGGUGGUGCAUAUUAACGGCAACAGUCCACUGCUCGGUCAGAACAAAUGGGAUUAAUCCAGGACGUUAAGUAUAGUUUGUUCUUGUUCAAACAAAUACAGGUUUUAAAUCAAUUUGUUGGCUUCACUGUGGACACAAUAUGGCUCCUUAAUUAAAUGUUAGGAUUAAGAAUCUUAUCUGUAAAUCUGAUAUAUUGUAAAGGUUUGAGGGCAUUCAUUUUUGAAGUGGUAUGUGUCAAUGUUAACCUUUCUUUAAUGAUAGUAUUUGAUUUGUCAUUUGUCUAUAAUCAGUAUUGUCUUUUACUCCUAAUCAAGUAUUCUGGCUAAAUCAGAGCUCUGUUUCUUUUAGUUGUAAUGUGUAAUUGGAUGUCUCCAUCAAUAGCAUUAUGACUAAUGUAGCACAUCUCUGGCAGUGUGUCAAGAAAUCUACCCAUGGUAGAAAUCUAUGGCCAGACCCUGUACCAGCCAUAUCUGGCACCAGCAAAAUGUUUUUGUUUUUUUUAACAGUCAGCCUCACUGACUGCCCCUCUACUUGUCCGUUUCAUACUUUUUGCUUUGUACUCUUAAGCUUUUUUUUUUUUUUUUUUUUUUAUGGUUAGCAAAGUUUAAAGCAGUGGUUCUCAAACUUUUUUAACUUCUAGGAACUGACACAAAUUAGACCACAGACCCCACAUCUGAUAAUAUUUUUGCUUGUAGAUGUUUUAUUACAGAAAGUAUGAAACACAUGACCAAAUAGUCACACAUUCUGUCAUGGUGUUACUUAUGGAUGGAAUUUUCGUGAAAAUAAAUGAUUCCCCUUUUUGCUGGUGAACCCCUGGUGAUCCCUGGACCCCACUUUGAGAACCACUGGUUUAAAGCAUUUUGUGGUAAGAAUGGUAACUAUAUGAAUGUGUUUCUGCCCUAUUUCAGCCUGGACACUCAAGCCAAACUGACAUUUUACUCUGUUGUUUCAACUUAAUUUAUUCAAUGGUGAGACCAACAGAAGGCAGAAAUGUGUUUUUUCAAGCCUGAUGAUGAAGCUCUACUACUCCACUGCAGAGCUUCAACUAGGCGGGUCAACCGGGAGAGUUCACUUAAAGAUCCUGACAAUUUGGCAUGUGUAGUUGUUUUUCUUAACUUUUUUUUUUUUUUUUUUUUUUUUUUUAGUUCUUGUUGGGUUUGAAUCAAAGUGCUUUUUACGUUUCAGCAAUUGUGAGUGUUAGGGUCUGUCUGGGUUGCCUGUACAGUGCCAUACGAUUCUCCCCCAACCCUGACCCCAUGGCGUUUUUCUGUGCUCACCCCUAAAUGGUUAGAUGGAAAGAGACAAUCAGACCUCAAAGUUCUGCAGAUACUGAAACCUGGGGACCCCACCCACCCACCCACUCCCAUGACCCCAGUUUUCUUGCGUGCAGUAUGUGUUGUGUACUGUAAUUCCAUUGAGUUGCAUCCCCUGUGAGUAAAUUUGCCAGUUGAAUCCUGAUCUGCCCUGCCCAAACUAUCCCUGCUGCUUACUUAACGCAGGCUCUGUUCAGAGGUGGCUUCCAUCUGUGCAGCGCCGGCCUGUUUUUUGCCUUUUUCAACACAAGUUCGUAGCUCUCCAGAAAUUUAGAAUUAGUUUGUAUUCAAGUAAAAUUGUUACAGGGCACAAUGGUGUUUACUCUAACGUAACGUUAUGAGUGCACAUGUCCAGACUAUGAAUGUAAAUUGUACAUGGGGUGAAGUUUUAAGUGUCUUUCCGAAUUCCUUGUUGCUACUUUAUCUUCUCAACAACUAGAGGGAAAAAAAUAGAUAGAGAUCAGAGCUUCCUCUGUUCAAAUCUGCUAUUUUAACCCUGAAGAGGAGGUGUGAACAGUGUGCAUGGAAGCGGAAACAUAUCUUGAGGUCCCACCAUGGUAGCCCCCCUCCCUGUCCCCCCACGACCUCUCGCCAUCCUUACUGCCAUCUUUUAGUAUGCAAGCCUCACCUGGAAGUGUGUGACUGCCGGCCCAUGUAGCCCAGGUGUGCUCAUCUCCUCAGCGGGCUGUGUGACUCUGCAUCAGUCGUGGCUUGUUUCUGAAGGAUCGGUGAGAGGCGAUUGAUACUUUUCAUCCAGCUCAUUUUUAUGUGCAUUACCAGUUUAUUGUACACUGAGUGUUGUACAAUACAUGCAGCUUCAUGUUUUAAAAAAAUCCUUAAAGUAAGGAAAAUCUUUUGUAUUUUUGAUUUCAAAAGGCAUGUCAUAUCUACUUUUUAAAUGUAUUAAUGAAGAUUUAACUUUACAUCAGA